GCUGAACUCCAGCAGCCUUUGUGGAGCCACGAGGCUGUGGUCACUGCUAGGGAGUGGGAGCUGAGAGCUAGAGGGACCUGGCUCCCAGUGGCCGUGGAGCCCACCCCGUCUCCCGGCCACCAGCCCCUAAACCUGGUUAGUGGGAGAGAGAAGGGGACAAUCAGGCCUCCUCGGGUCUCUGUGGCCAGCAGCAAGCCUGACCGAUACCCAAGCCUGUGACUAGAGAGUGCCUCCCCCGGGAGGGGCAGAUUUUCUCUGGAGGUGAAAGUUUGCAGGCCCUCACCCCACCCCCCCCACCCCCGGCUGGCUCACCCAGCUCCAGAUGUCUGCGGGGGGUGCAGAGGGAGGUACUCAGGACAAAGAGGAAGUGGCCAGAAGGGGAAGCAGCAGCUACAGAGACGAGGCAGGUGGGCCGGGGUGGAGGCCGCCGGAACCCGCCCGCCCUCACAGAGCUGGGGGCCCGCAGUCUGCCGCUGGAGCAGGAUGAACGCCAAGGCAGGAGCCCCAGGGGUUCCGGGAGCACUGGCUGUGCUGUGGCUCGGUGCCAUGACCCUGGCCUACCUCCUGUGGCAAGGGCACCUGUCCCCCACCUGGGGCCAGCUGCACCCCGAGGAAGGGCCCACCAGGCCCCGGGGCCACGGCUCCAGCCCGGCCCAGGAGCCCCUGCCAGGGGGGGCCCGGCAGCAGCAGCACGACUCCUGCCGGCUUGUCCUCGUGGAAAGCAUCCCGCAGGACCUGCCCUCCGCGGCCGGCAGCCCAUCUGCCCAGCCCCUCGCCCAGGCCUGGUCACAGCUGCUGGAUGCCGCCCAGGAGACCAUCCACGUGGCCUCCUUCUACUGGUCCCUCACGGGGCCUGACAUCGGGGUCAACGACUCGUCUUCCCGGCCGGGAGAGGCCCUUCUGAGCAAGCUGCAGCAGCGGCUGGCCAGGAACGUCUCCCUGGCCGUGGCCACCAGCAGCCCGUCGCUGGCCAGGACGUCCACUGACCUGCGGGUGCUGGCAGCCCAAGGUGCCCAGGUGCGGUACGUACCCCUGCGGAAGCUCACCGGCGGCGUCUUGCAUUCCAAAUUCUGGGUCGUGGACGCACGGCACGUCUACUUGGGCAGUGCCAACAUGGACUGGCGCUCCCUGACACAGGUGAAGGAGCUCGGCGUCAUCAUCUACAACUGCAGCCGCCUGGCCCGGGACCUGGAGAAGACCUUCCAGACCUACUGGGUGCUGGGGGCGCCGAAGGCCGUCCUCCCCAGAGCCUGGCCUCGGAACCUCUCGUCCCACAUCAACCGCUUCCAGCCCCUCCGGGACCGCUUUGAGGGGGUGCCCACCACUGCCUACUUCUCGGCGUCGCCUCCUCCGCUCUGCCCGCACGGCCGCACCGGGGACCUGGAGGCGCUGCUGGCGGUGAUGGGGGGCGCCCAGGAGUUCAUCUACGCCUCGGUGAUGGAGUACUUCCCCACCACGCGCUUCAGCCGCCCCGCCAGGUACUGGCCGGUUCUGGACACCGCGCUGCGGACAGCGGCCUUCAACAGGGGCGUGCGCGUGCGUCUGCUGGUCAGCUGCUGGCUGCACACAGACCCCAGGAUGUUCCCCGGCCUGCGGUCCCUGCAGGCUCUCAGCGACCCCGAGGCCGGCGUCUCCGUGGACGUGAAAGUCUUCAUCGUGCCCGUGAGGAACCACUCCAACAUCCCGUUCAGCAGGGUGAACCACAGCAAGUUCAUGGUCACAGAGAAGGCGGCCUACAUAGGCACCUCCAACUGGUCGGAAGAUUACUUCAGCAGCACCUCAGGGGCAGGCCUGGUGGUCAGCCAGAGGGCCUCCCGCGCUCGGCCGGGGGUGCCCACCGUGCAGGAGCAGUUACGGCACCUGUUCGAACGGGACUGGGAUUCCCCCUACGCCGUGGGCCUGGACGGACAAGCCCAGGGUCAGGACUGCGCUUGGCAGGGUUGAGGCCCAGCCACACCUGAUUCCCCGGCCCCAUGGCUCCCGGUGGCCUGUCCCCACCCUCACAAGCCCCGCUCAGGGCCAGGACUUCCCAACUCCUGGCGGGUGCAAACUGUUUGCCAGCCCUCAGCUCUCUGAACCAUCCCCUCUUAAGCCUCACCUCCUGCAGAGAGCCCUCCGGGAUGCUCCCCCCUGAUCUGAGAGCCACAGUCCCCACCCACAAGGCGGGUUGCUUCAGAGGCCCCCUGCACCUCCCUGCCUCUCUGUGUGAGUCCCACAUGGGCUGCACCCCCUCCCGCUGGCCCCAGGUCGGAGUUCAGCACCCCCGACCCUGUGAGGGUCCACACGGCUGCCGGGUGAAGCUGCUGUCUGCCCGUGUGUCGUGAGAGCCGCUGACUCUCGCUGCUGUCCGGUCCCUGCCCACAGGAACCAGGGGACAGGGCAGGGGCAGGUUCCGGGACAGGGGGACCCAGGACGGUGAGGGCGGGUCUCGGAGAGGCGAGGUGGGCGCCUGGGCCCAUGGGGUGGUCCUGGUGCGUAGGGGGUCCAGGACUCCGGGCAGCGUCCAGAGAACCUGGUUUUGAGCAGGGGGCGGGGGCAGGGUGGCGACCUGGAUGCACGCGGGCUGGAGCCCCCUGUCCUGGGAGCUGCCCUGCAGAGGCGGAGGCCGACACCGCAGAGGCAGGGUCUGAACCCUGUCGGACACCUCCCUCGGCUCCCGGCCUCCUGCCGGACCAGAGGCCUGUCUCCGGGCACCCCGGCCUCCGUCACCUCCUGGCUUCUGGCCAAGGCUUUGGAGCCACCCCUGGCCCAUGGAGACCCUGUGGCCGCCGUAGGCUGGCGCUCGGGGCUGGCUCAGUGGUCCAAGGGACACUGGAUGCCGAGGGACCUAAGGGAGUGGUUAGCAGAUCCUCCUCUCCCCACAUCUUGGGGCUCCUCCUCCCUGCCUCGCCCGGUCCCCUCUGCCCCGGAGAGAGCCAGACGGGCUGGGGUGGGGCACCUUACACAUCCGCAUCCUCGUCGGUGAAGAGGGCCCCCCAACCCAGCCCGCCUCCCCGCCCAGCCCUGCACGCGUCCGGGGGGGGGGGGGUGCCUGGGGGCCACGUGGCCCUGCAAGGCGUCCAGGGCCUCUGGGAGCUGGUCUGCGUGUGGGCCGCACUUGACCCAGCUAAGCCCCAGCGGCUGCCCAGCCUCCCACCCCGGGCUCACGUGCCGCACGGCAGCUCCCCUCGGGAGCAGACCCCAUCCGAGACCCGCUCUGCUCUCCACGGCUGCCAGUGUGGGUUUGCCCUCUGCUUCCUGUGUGUCUCGGAGCGCGGGGCCUGUCCCCAGGCUCUGUGCCCCAGGCCACGCUGGGAUGACGGGUCCAGUGGCCUGGUGGCCAUCAGCCAGUGGAAGGGGUGGCCACACCUCAGUGGCAGGCUUGAAGGCCGGCUCCAAAGCAGACCCCACGGGAGACCCAGCUUGACGAGCCUCAAGAGACGCCCCGGGGGGCCUCGAUGCGGCUGCUUCUGGGGGGGGGUGGUGGACACACUCUAAAAUGGCCCCCACGCCCCUGCCUCCCGGAACCCACACCCCCGUGUGAUCCCCUCCGCUUGGGGGUGAGGAACCCCUGCCUUCGCCUGUAGCCAAUAGAACGUGCGGCAGUGACCGUGCAAC